AUGCCUCACAGAAUUGUAAUUCCCAGGCCCACUGUGAAUGUGAAGGCACUUCAUCGGCAACGCCGUCGCGCCUUCGUAUCGUCCAAGUCGGAGAUCGGACAUAUAUGUGAAAUAUUGCAUUCACAACCAGAGCACAAGAAAUCUUGUAAACAUCUUUAUGAUGGAUGUCAGCAGUACCGUUAUCCAUUGUUGAUACUUACUAUUUCGUUUAUCACAACUGGAUUUGCAUUUGUGCUAUUUCCAGUUGUGAUCUUCAUCGCUUUUGUGGUUGUUGGCUUUUCUUUGAAAUGGAGGCAUCUGAGCCGUCACAACUCGUCAUUGGUUGAAAUUGUCCAAAGACAUAUUGACAUGGGCAUCCGACUGCUGGAGCAGAGAACGCAAAAGUUUGCCGCACCAAUCAACGUCUCUGAUAGUUGCCAACUUCUCCAACCCGCUACUGACUGCCCGGAGGCGAUUACGAUCUCAGAUGCUGUGAGCAUCAAAGUAAACGAGGAUGUCGAACUCGGACAUCAGGUUUCAAGAAUUUGGGACACCGAUAAAUCUAUUCUACACUCACAUGAUGAUUCGUCACAGAAUAUCUGGGGAGGCCAAGUUUGGCCAGCCAACGACCCGUACGGAAAAAACGGCGGAAAUGUACCUGCAGAGCAACCUUUGGAACUCAAAAUUGAUUUUACCCGAGUGCACUACGACAGUCGUUCUAGAUUUGAUACAGAGGGCUGGCUUCUGGUCACCAAUCCCGAACCCAUUUCCUGA